AUGUCUGAGGACGAUCAAAAUUCUAAGGAGAUUGUAACAUCAUAUGAUGAAAUAUUGGAGAUCACAGGAUUGUUAGCUAUGCGUGAUAAUUCAAUGUCAUGUGUCACUGAAAAGAAAGAAACUCCUAGUUCAACGGAUAAUGUCAAUAAUGGUGAUGUUAGUAAUGAUGAUAUUGUAUUACCAAUACAAAGUUGUACACAAUUACCACUUAGUCCUAGUCUGGUAUCCUUAAUUGAAGAUGGUGGUCCUAAUUGUCGAACAAUUUCAAUUGCUAAAACCAAAAAUAAUAACGUCGGCUUUACAUUUACAGAAAUAAAACAGGGAUUAUUUGUUUCUCAUGUAGACGAAAGAUCUUCUGCAAAGUUGAAUAAAGUACGUUUUGGUGAUAAGAUUCAAUGCAUAAAUGAUACAGAAGUUACAUCUUAUACUCAAGCUAAACAACUUAUUGAAGAAACACAUCCAACUGUAAAUUUUUCUUUUAUCGACUGCCCUUAUAGAGAAGUUAAAACAAUUUAUAAAAUUCAUGGAAAAUGUGGUCUUUUCAUCAAUGAUGGUAUGAUUUUAGAUCGUACAAAAUAUUUCAGUGCAAAAAGUGAUAAAAUUCCAUUGAAUUAUUAUAUUACUGAAAUUGAUGGUCAUAGUACUGUUCGUCUAUUAGAUGAAAAAAUAGUUUUAUUAGUUGAACGUGCUAAUUCACCAUUCUCUCUUCAUAUUGUACCUCAAUGGUUUUAUGAAUAUCUUGUUUUUGGAUUAGAUCCAUCAGGAAAUGAACUCAAAAAAGAAUAUUUACUGUUAUUAUUAUUAUUGAGAUGUUAUUGUAAAUCAUGA